AUGUGGGACGACUGCGAAGAUGAGCUCAGAUGCGAGACUUUCGAUGCAGCUGCCAGGUUAAAGAUUAGGUCGUUGACCUUCGACCAUUUCUAUUAUCCUGCGAAUGGUUUCGAAGACAUCUUGUCGACCAUGCCCCAGAGGUUCUCUCCCAUCCCUCUCAUUCAUCUCAGCAUCAGAUUCGUUCCAGAUCUGUUUAAAGACCUUGCCAUGGAUCCCCUCACAGCGUGCAAGAGGCUAGGGCAGAAGCUGGCAGAGUUCAUUCCUACCCUCAUGGUUCUGGAACUGGAGGUUCUUGACGCAGAUGACGAUGAAGAAAGAGUCGUUCAGUGGUGGAGAAUCGAGCGUCGAGAGGAGGUCCCACGGUUGGAAGAGAUAUGGAGUGAGGUUGGGGAGGCAGCUGUUCAGUUGAUUCAGAGGAAGGCCUUCAAGCUGCAGGCUCUGGAAGUGGAGGUGAUGUGGCGAUCAUCGGCUCGGUGGGAGUGUGAUAAACGGGUGAGCUUUCAUUACAUCUUUCAAUGCGCGAUGUGGAGGGGCGGCUUUUCAAAACAACACGCAAUGGACGUCCUCGACCACCUCUGGGCCCACCGCGAGUCCACCUCUGGCUGGCCUAUUGAGAGCCACGAGGACGUUCUCGCCCCCUGGCUCUACUGGUUAUCCUUCACCCCCGAAAAACUCGCUACCUGCUCGCCCGCCCUCCGCACUAUGCUUGCAAAUCACGUCGGGUCGUACACCAUGGGCAGCGGGCAGGCGUGGAGCGACCGGAUGAUGAGCCUGAGGGCGUGGCAGGACGGGGCCACGGACGGGCACACGCUUGCCGUGCACGCGAGGCUAGAGAACUCGCCAUUCUCGGCCACGGCCCAUCCCCUCUUCUUGACCUCUCCCCUCCCGUUCCGGGAGCCGAGUGAUGCGAUGGACGAGCUGAACGCGUACCGCGCCCACUCCUUCCUGGACGCAUACGCCAUCAAGCACACAGGGCGCGCGCGUGGCGGGAGGUGCAAGGUGGACAUGUGGAGGGAGGAGGAGAAUGCCGAGGUGCAGGCGUGGAAGGCGGAGAUCUUGGCGAGGAGGGCGGUGGAGGGCGAUGAAGACGAAAACACGGACCUCGACGUUGAACUAGACGGCAACGACGACAACCGCCACUCCGACCACCACCAUGACCACGAGAUGGACGACACGCAAGGCGGAGCGGCACAUAUCGACCGUGUGCACCGACAGGUCCAGGACGGGCUCGACACGGACAUUGAAGAGCUCAUCGACGCGGUCUCGAGCAAGGACGACGAAGAACACAAGCCGGAGGAUGCGCCCUCGCGCGCGCGAGCCCGACAGACUCGGACAUGGACAUCGGGCGGACGUGCUCUGAGGUCGAAGACGUCUUCAUCACCGGCGAGGUUGCUUCUUUGUCACAUAUGCCAGAACGAGCUGAACCGGCGCGUCCUGGCUGCUACGCUCUCGGCCUGUGCCUGCGCUUCCAGCGCGCGCGCGUCUGCCACCGCCGUGGCCCGUGACGUCCACAAGCGGGAGCGUGAGCACCUCCAGGCGCGCGCGCACCGCAUGCCGUCGUGA